AUGCCAGGUGGUGGCAGCCCGAGGGCGCGACCCGAAACAGAGGUGCAGUCGACCUCGGUGCAGCUCUACAAGCCUCGUCGGCGUGCCGUGUCUUUCGACCGCUCCAUCGACGACGAGGGGGAGUUCCAAGACUGCCUCGAGCCCGAGGAGAACACCUCCUCCCAGCGGGCCCGCGGCCAGGGCAUCCUGAAGCCAGCCAGCCGCAGCAACUCACCAGGGCUUCGACGCCGUGCAGGAGGAUCUGAUGAGGUGACGGAUCUCCUGCAGAAGGCCAUCCUGGCGAUGGAGGAUCAGAACCUGCAGGGCACGCUGAAGCAGCAGCUCCAGCGCCUGAUCAAGGACGCCGCCGCCGCCGUGACAGAGGCUCUGCAAUGCUGGGGCGUGCCGGCGCCGUGGCACCUGCCGGCCGGGCCGCCGCUGCUCGGCUGGGACGGCUUCGGGCCGCCAGGCAUGCCCGACGCCGCGGCGGCCGCGGCGUUGGCGGCCGCCCAGGAGACGUCCCAGGGGCCAGCGGUGCCGCCUCCCGCGGGCGGCGGGCAAGCCCCGCUCCGCCUGCGUGGCCUGCCGUUCACGUCCAGCGAGCAGGACGUGCUGGCGUUCUUCGCGCAGCACGACAUCGUGGAGCUCAUCGCCGACGGCCCGCGCGCGGUGGCGCUGCUGCUGCGGGCGAACGGGCGGCCGACGGGGCAGGCGGUGGUGCAGAUGCGCUGCAGGGCGGACGCCGACAUUGCUCAGCAGGUGCUCCACGGCAAGUGGAUGGGGAACCGCUACAUCGAGGUCUUCCCCCACGUCGAGGACGGCUCCGUGCCGGGCGCGGGCGGUUGCGGCGGCGCCCACGGCGGCAAGGACGACCCGGCCGCGGGCUGCCCCGACGCCGAAGUGGGCUCAGCUGGCACCAGCGCCGCCACCACGGCAGGCGACGGCACGGGCAGCGCCGCGAGCCAGGCCGACCUGUCGAACGCCGGCACGCCUUUCCCUUACUCGCCCGCCCUGCCGCCGUGGGCUGCAGUGGGCUGGCCCGGCUCGGCGCCGUCGCUCCCGGGGGCGGCGGCGGACGCGUCCUGGGACGCGCUCUUCGAGUUCCUGGGCCAGGACAAGGGCGCCGCGGCGCAGGCCGCGGCGAUGGCCGGCCUGGCCAACGCCGCGUGA